GGCAACCAUGUUUUUAUAAACAUAACCUCUCUCAACACGUGUUGACGUAUUUUCACUACUUGUAAAACGUGCGUGCAUUCUUUUGUGAUUUACUUUUAAGCAACUGAUUAAAAUCAUGGUUUCAAAAAAGAAAAAGAAGUACACAACCGGAGAAGGAUCUCAAUUUAUGUCCCGAAAAAGUGCUCUCCGAAAACUCCAAUUAUCCUUAAACGAUUUUCGUCGAUUAUGUAUUCUAAAAGGUGUUUACCCGCGAGAACCUCGCAAUCGAAAGCGUGCACAAAAAGGAACCCCUGGUAUAAAAACUUUGUACCAUGUGAAAGAUAUACAAUUUUUAAUGCACGAACCGAUUAUAUGGAAAUUAAGAGAAUAUAAGAUAUUUAAUAGAAAAGUCGGACGUGCAAAAGCUGUUAAAGAUUUCAAAAGUAUGAGAAGAUACCUCGAUGCUCAUCCAACUUUAAAAUUAGAUCAUAUUGUAAAAGAACGUUAUCCAACGUUUAUAGAUGCUUUACAAGAUUUAGAUGAUUGUUUAACUUUAUGCUUUUUAUUCAGUACUUUCCCUUCAUUGGAUCAUAUCCCUCGGGAACAAUCUAAUUUAUGUAAAAGAUUAACAAUGGAAUUUUUGCAUGCAGUUAUUGAAAGUAAAGCUUUAAGAAAAGUUUUUAUUUCAAUAAAAGGUUAUUAUUAUCAAGCAGAAAUAAAAGGCCAAACAAUAACAUGGAUCGUUCCACAUCACUUCAGUUUUGAACCACAAAAAAGGGCUGAAGUUGAUUUUAAAAUAAUGUCAACAUUUGUUGAGUUUUAUACAAUUAUGUUAGGAUUCGUUAAUUUUCGUUUAUACCAUUGUUUAAAUUUACAUUAUCCUCCAAAAUUUGCAGCUGUUGAGGAUAUUGAAAAAAGUUUAGUUGAUGAAAAUGCUUUUGUUGCUGAGAGAGUAGCAGCUUUAAAUUUUCCAUUAGCUAAAACUGUUUCUGGAAAAGAUGUAGAUGAUGAAAAUAUAGAAAUUGAUAGUUUUAAUACAGAGGAGAAUUCAGAAGCUUUGGAAGACGCUAAAAAAGAACAAGAACAAAUAAAAAAUUUAAAAACGUUAUUAAAAGGAUUAAAAUUCUUUUUAAACCGUGAAGUUCCACGCGAACCACUCGUUUUUAUUAUACGUUGUCUUGGUGGAGAAGUAUCUUGGGAUAAAAAAUCAUUUGUUGGAUCCACAUUUCAAGAAAACGAUGAAACCAUCACCCAUCAAAUCGUUGAUAGACCCUCAAUGGAGAAACAGUAUAUUUCUAGAUAUUAUAUCCAACCACAAUGGGUUUUUGAUUGUGUUAAUACAAGAACUUUACUUCCUGUUAACAAAUAUUUUAUGGGUGAAGUUUUACCACCACAUCUUUCACCAUUUGUUGAUAAAGAUAGAGAUCAGAGUUAUGUUCCACCUGAGGAACAGGCGUUGUAUGAUGGAAAUUUAUUGGAGGACAUGAAGAAACAGGAAAGUGAAGAUGAAAAAGAUCUUAGUGAUAAUGAGGAAGAAAAAAUGGAUGAUGAUGAUGAUGAAAACGGCGAUGAAGCUAGUGAUAAAGAUGGUGGUGAUGAGGAAAUUGAUGAAGAAAAAAAUGUUAAGACGCAGAAACUGUCAGUAAAACCGGGUGAAGUCUCCAAAGAACAUCCAGGUGAGAAAAAACGCCAAGAACGUCAAGAAUAUAAGUUAAGAGAAAAAAUGGUUAAAAAGAAACAUAAAAAUCUUUAUAAAAGCAUGAUGAAAGCGCGACAAGAUAGAGGAAAAGAAGCUUGGUUAUUGAAGAAAAAACGACGACUAAAUGAGGAAAAAGGCAAGAUUGAGAAAAAGCAGACGAAACGCGAAAGUAAAGUGUAAGAAAUGAGACCAGAAAUAAAACUUGAUUAUUUUAAUUUACUUGUUUUUGUUCUUUAAUUGUUUUACUUUGUAUUUUGGGAUCAUGUAAAAAUUCGAAUUAGAGACUUUGAUGGA